AAAGCAGCGAUAUGUAACAUCGUCGCGACAAGGUCAAGCAAUCACUCCAUAUCUGUUUCCUUCGCUUCCUCUUCCGACAGCUCCACAUCUGAUACUAGUUUGAUACCAUAACAUAGCAACAUUGCAGUACAAACAACAUGGCACCUUCAGAAGAACCCAUCCUCUUCCUCUGGUCUUUCUCACCUUGGGCCAGCAAAGUUGUAGCCUACCUGACCCUCCGCGGCAUCCCGCACGCCCGCUGCGAACAACCCAUCACCUUGCCUCGUCCGGACAUUGCUGCCCUGGGCGUCAAAUACCGGCGCAUCCCUGUCCUGAGCAUCGGAAGGGACAUCUACUGCGAUACUCUGCUCAUCAUCGAAAAGCUCGAGUCCCUCUAUAGCGCCAACGGGCACCAUGGCAUCGGCGCUAGAAAUAAGACCGAGCUGGCGCUGGAGAAGCUGUUGGAGAAGUGGACUGACGUGGUGGUGUUCAAGCCUGCGGCGGCUGUGAUUCCGACCGACCUGGACUUGAUGAAGGAUCCGGGGUUCCAGAAAGACAGGGAGGAGUUGUGGGGUCGGCCGUGGUCGAAAGAGGCACAGGAGAAGCUUCGGCCGGCUGCGUUGGCUAACAUGCGGGAGAACUUCGAUUUCCUCGAAAGCGUGCUGGCAGAUGGCAGGCAGUGGAUAUCCGGUGGUGAGGAUGAUGGGGUGAGGUUGGCAGAUAUUCAUGGUAAGUCGCUCGAAAUUGAUCGCUUGAUUUUGAUGUCACGUGGCGCAUAAAACCUGGAUCCUUCCCCGAAGACUUCUUCAACAAGCAGCGCUACCCAAAGACGUUUG